ACUGACUCUGUGAUAUGUGUUGAGACAUGGAGAGCCGGCUUCUAAUGUUGCUGAUGCUGCAGCUGCUGGUGCUACCCCCCGCACUGGAUGGUAGCAUCUGGUCUCAUAGCUACUUCACGGACGUCCUUGUGGAGCAGCCAACUCAUGUAGCGGGUCCUGAGUUCGACACCACGGUGCCCAACAACCUAACGGGUCUUGUCGGCAAGACAGCACAGCUGCACUGUCGUGUCAAGAACCUCGGCAACAGAACGGUGUCGUGGGUGCGCCACCGCGACAUCCAUCUGCUGACCGUCGGCCGCUACACGUACACCAGCGACCAGCGCUUCGAAGCCGUGCACUCGCCACUUACCGGUGACUGGACGCUGCGCAUCCGAUACCCGCAAAAGAAGGACUCCGGCGUCUACGAGUGCCAAGUCAGCACCACGCCACCCAUCGGACACGCCGUCCAACUCAGCAUCGUAGAACCGCUGACGGAGAUCCUAGGAGGUCCAGACCUGUUCAUCAACACCGGCAGCACCAUCAACCUGACGUGCCUGGUCACGUUCGCGCCGGAGCCGCCUUCUGGCGUCCAAUGGCUGCAUAAUGGGCAGGUGAUCAACUUUGAUUCUCCGCGAGGAGGAGUGAGGCUGGUGACGGAGAAGGGCUCCAUCACCACCAGCCGGCUACUCAUCCAGAAGGCGGCUGCCGAAGACACCGGCCUCUAUACGUGUGCUCCCAACAACGUCCCUCCAGACAGCGUCCGGGUGCAUGUUCUCAAAGCAGGUGACCUGCCAGCAGCCAUGCAACACAGCGGUGCAGACGGUUCCGCACUCCACUGGUCGCUGAUGACGUCAUCGCUGCUGCUGGUGCUGCUGCUCCUCCAGUUGCUGCGGUGUGCGGCAACGGAGCGGGGUCUGUGCGCCUGCUCUGCAGGCAACCAGCUGCUCUCCUCCUUAGAUCGUCGGAUGCCUGAAAGAUAG